UUUUCCAGGAGCGACUUAAUAGCAUUUUCCAGCAGGAGACAGCAUUUGGACCAUUUUUUCCGGGAAUUUUCUUUGGAUCCCUUUAACAUUUUGCGGGAAAACUGACACUGCACAUUGUUUUUAUAGCCAUGUGUGUAUAAAAAUGGAGGCUGAAUGAAUAUCUUGAUAUCUCUGCUACACCUAAAGAUGCCUUCCCUCUCCUUGGCUUCACGCUCAGCCCCGGCCCACACUCCCGAAUAAAAGAUGUCCAUCAUCUGAGCAGGGUGCACGACGUGACAUUUAAUCCCGCCUUCAACGCACCCACACAGCAAAUCACGGCCGUAGGAAUUUUCCAACCUGUUAAAUUCCAGUCCCUACUCUGCAAUUGCUGUUGCGUAAUAUUAUUGGCUGUCUCGGUCUGCGACAAAUACGAAAAAAUAAUGUUGCCCUUGCGUCCCGCCCAAGAAAAAAGAUUACUUACCCACCCUCGAUUCCCGAAUGAGGUGAAGGGGAAACAGAAAAAGAGAAAGAGAAUGAAGAAUGAGUAGCAGUAGACAGCGAGAUUUUACACAGAAUAGUUAUUGCGGGAGGGCCGGUACCUACACCAAAACAAGUGGAAGUGGGCGUUUGCCAUAUCACCUUCAGUUGAGGUCAGACCAAACAGCUCAUAUGGUUUUCAAUCCAACCGCUUUCCCCGCGAAAAAAUCUUUUUCCACCGCACGGCAUUACAUUUCCCUCCCACAUCCAAUCAAUGGCAUCGUUAUGCUUUUGCCUUUUUUUAUCCCCAUCUUGCCCUGGUGCAUCUCUGCCCGCCUGUAUUGUGUCUGGUACUGCUCCUGUUACGCUUCAUUCCUCUGCCCUGCCCGAUGCAGCUGCGCAUCGCUGGCUCUUUAUUUUUUCCUCAUUUGGCAGAAUCUGCACGCCCUUAGAGGGAUUUAUUUGUGAGGGUUUUGGAUCCUUUGUUUGUAAAGCCUGGUCAGGCGUGGUGUGGUUGCGGCCGCUGUAAAUCAUGUCGAGGAAGCGAGCGGCUGUCGGCGCACUGGUGCCCCAUGAUGUGGAUUCCAAGCAUGCGAGCCUCAUGCAGGAUUAUCUUCUGCUUCAAGAUGAGUUUGCGGCGUUAAAGGAUCGGGUGCAGUCAGCUAAGAUCAGAAAAGCGACCCUGUUAGCAGAAGUCAGAUUCUUGAGAAGAAGACUGAAGAAGCUGAAAGAAACUCCUUCCAUUCCCAGAGAUAACGAGACUACUUCUGCCAUUGCACAGCCAAUGGGCUGUAGCGGAAAACCUACCUCCCGAGCCCCUAUGCCAGAAUCUAUUAUGACACAUAAGAAUAAUCUAUUGGAUUCUACAAAAGUUCCUGCAUCUAGGGAGCAAUUCAGGACUAAUGAUACCGAUCAAAAUUCACAGCAGAAGCCAUUCAAUGGCAAUGUUGGAUUGGUUAGUGCUCUCAAGACAUCUGUUUUUGGAAAUAGAUCCAAUAUGUUUGUCACAGCAAUCCCAGAAAAGAGAAAAAUUUCAUGGCAAGACCAGAUUUCUCUGGAGUGCAAGUGAAGAGGUUCAUGGAAUUCAAAUUGUGUUGUAUAAUUGAUUUUGUUUCUGUUUUUAACAUUUUUCUGUAUGACUGCCAAAGUCAUUGGCUUGUGAUAAGUCGUUUGCAAUGUAAAACAAAUUCUGCAUGCAAAGGCCGUUUGCAGAGGUAAUAGGCUCUUCUAUCUUCAAUGAGGAUCUCAUUGUUUCAAUCGAUUUGACUUUAUUCUAGA